AGGCCGAGGUGGGUCAGUUUACCCAUGUCGUCUUCAUCCAAAAUCCAUGUGCCCACAUGUAUCAUUUCUUUAUGUACUCCUGCUCUGUUACUACCAGUAACAUGUAUGUAUAUAUAUAAUAUAUAACUAUCAUAACCAUCAUCGUCAAACUUGAAACCGAUAUGCCCACUACCAGAAUCGCCCAAAACACCAGCAUCAGCAAUAGUAAAGGAGGAAGUUUGUUUGGGUGUAGAGUGUGUUUGUUUCUAGAGAAACUGAAAGAAAGAGAUGAAGGAGAAGAACGCGGGUGGUGAUGGGGGAGAUGGGUAUGUGAGAGCAGAUCAGAUAGAUCUAAAGAGCUUGGACGAGCAGCUGCAGAGGCAUCUGAGUAGAGCAUGGACUAUGGAGAAGAACAAGAACAAGAGAGAGGAAGUUGACGAAGGCCAACAACUUCAAAGGCCUACAAGUAAUUCUUCUUCAACGAGGCAAGACUGGGAGAUUGAUCCUUCUAAACUUAUUAUCAGAGCUGUUAUUGCUCGUGGCACUUUUGGUACUGUUCACCGCGGCGUUUAUGAUGGCCAAGAUAUUGCAGUUAAGUUACUUGACUGGGGGGAAGAGGGUCACAGAUCCCAGGCUGAAAUAGCUUCACUUAGAGCUGCUUUCACACAGGAAGUUGCAGUUUGGCACAAGCUUGAUCAUCCCAAUGUAACAAAGUUUAUAGGCGCAACAAUGGGCACAUCAGAGCUGAACAUACAAACUGAAAAUGGACACAUCGGCAUGCCCAGCAAUGUUUGCUGUGUUGUUGUUGAAUACUGUCCCGGUGGUGCACUUAAAUCUUACCUCAUAAAGAAUCGAAGAAAGAAGCUGGCUUUUAAAGUUGUUAUUCAACUGGCACUAGAUCUUGCACGAGGGUCAAAUUCUCAUGCCCCAUCUGUUGAGCUACCUUCAUUCUCAGAAGAUCGUCCAUAGAGAUGUCAAAACAGAAAACAUGCUUCUGGACAAGACCCGAACUGUGAAGAUAGCUGACUUUGGAGUUGCCCGCCUUGAA